AUGUCGGAGAAACCGGCAAAACAAAAGAUUGGACUUCUUUUAAACCAUAUUGGCGAUCAGGGAAUAGACAUUUUUGCAAAUUUUACAUUUUUCGCGGAAAGGCCAAAUCCAAGCGGCGGCGAUGUUUUGCCUGCAGAAGAUCGCGAUGACUAUGAAACCGUGAUCAAGAAAUUUGAUGAAUAUUUCACAAAACGUGAUCCGCAGCUUAUGUUGCGUGAGAAAUUAUGGUUGAAAUUAAAUCGGGAGCCUGACCAGAAUUUCGAUGCCUGGGUGAAUGCAAUCCGUCUUAUGGCGCAAGAGUGUAAGUUUCCUGCCGAUUUUGUGAAUGAAGCAAUACGCGAUAAGCUGACGUUUUCUUGUCGCGACGAUGCCACAAAACUGAAAUUAUAUGAUGCAGGUGCCUCACUUAAGUUAAAAAAAGUGAUACAAAUUUUAUCCCUGAAAGAAGCAACCAGUCGAGAACUAAAAGAAACAAAGACAGCGAUGAUUGAUGCCAUAGAAGAAGACGAAAGAAGAGGACAAAGACCAAUGAAGAAAUUCAAGAAAUAUCGAGGUCGGGCUAGGAUAAGCACUGACCAGAGCAAGACCAAAUGCCAAUAUUGCAAUUACAAGCACCAUGCCGGAAAAGAUAACUGCCCAGCUGCUCACAAGAAAUGCAACAAAUACCACAAGGUUGAUCAUUUUUAUUCUGUUUGUCAAAGCAGAAUUCCGAUUAAUGUUGGGGAAAUACAAGGCCCUAGCAAGCCGAAAUCUGAUUUUGGGGGUACUAUAAAUCGAUCUAGAAAACGCAGAAAGCGUAUGAAAAGGAAUUUUUCUAAUGAUCCAGGGUGGUUUAUUAAACUAAAAGCUGGAACCGAAAAUGAAGAACUUGUUUGGUGCAUAGAUACUGGUGCACAAGUUUCGGUGAUGCCCGGAAAUGUGUAUAAAACGGCUUCUGGUGAAAUAACAGUGACCGAUAAAGAAUUAUUCGGAGCUGGUGGUUUCAAACUAGACUUUGAGUGCAAGAAAGGCUCACGAGAAAACGUACCUUCACUCCGCACUAAGGAGGAUGUGUUGAGAGCAUAUCCCAAAUUAUUCAAUAGACUAGGUAAAUUGGAAGGUGAACAUACAAUUCGCUUAAAAGAUGAAGCGAAGCCUUUUUGUGUGACAACACCUCGUAGAAUUCCGAUACCCCUACUAGGAAAAGUAGAGGCUGAAAUAAACUGCUUGGUGAAACUAGAUGUUAUCGAAGCCAUCGACGAACCAAGUGAGUGGUGCGCGCCGAUUGUAGUCGUACCAAAACCCAGUGGUGAAAUUAGAAUGUGCGUUGAUUUGACCAAGCUUAAUGAAGCGGUAAAACGUGAAAUAUACACAAUGCCCACCGUAGAACACACUUUGGGAAGAAUAGCGAAAGUUUCAGUGUACACCAAGUUGGAUGCGAAUUCCGGAUUUUACCAAAUCGAGCUUGACCCAGAGAGUCGUAAACUGACGACGUUUAUUACGCCAUUUGGGAGAUUCAUGUUCCGGAGGCUGCCUUAUGGAAUUUCAUCCGCCCCAGAAUUGUAUCAAAAACGAAUGAACCACAUUUUGGAAGGAUUUUCCAAUACGACUUGUCACAUGGAUGACAUAAUUUUGAGUACUGAUGCUGUGAAGCAUGAUGAAUGUUGA